CACGCCAGGAAAUGCUGUCAACAUCAAAGCACUUGUAUGCGCCCCCGUGUAAAGCGCAUAGAGCAGAAACGCAGUACAAGAAUACCGUCACACAAUCAACAUGCAUACAUGUACACACCACAUGGCAGAGUAUCCCGAGUCCGCAUCUCACCAUGCUUCCGCGCCCCCAACCCCCGCAUUUCACAGUCAAGCAAUCGUCAAACAAAAAUCCCAUAUACUUAUCUUUCCCCCCAUCACGCAAAUGUACGCCCACACGCACGACAUACCAAAACAAGCUGGUGGUAACCCGCGGAUCGAUAGCGACAAAGGGGGCGACGAACCAUGAGACGAACGGAUGCACGAUGGGCACGUGGGAAAAGGUGAAGAAGCGGGAGAGCGGCAGGGGGAACGACCGAACGCCAGCGUGUGUGUCGUGCGGACCAAGGGGGGAAUCCUACUGCAUCUACUGUGUAGACCAAAAGACUCCUUUUGCUUCCCUUAUUCCGUCUGUUCGGCGACGUGAGAUUGAUAUGUACUGUAGGGCCCGCAGUGCGUCCCCUGUAGAAUCCCGUGGGUUCUAUAUUUGUCCUUCCCUGAGCCUGAGGAUGACUGCCCUGGUCUUUUAUCCGGUACCAUUGGAGCGGAUUCGAUGGGCGGGUCAAUCUCUUACAAACACACUUUCCGCUACACGGGGAGGAGGAGCUCAUGGCGAGUAG